GUUUGUUCUUAGCUUUGUGAUUGUGCGAAUGUGUGUGUGACCAUGAGAGUAUGUCUGCUCGUAGUUUUGUUCAUGUGUCUCGGUGCCGGUAGGUGUGGCCAGAUGAAAUCGACAUCGACAAUCAAAUAUUUAACACAAAAUAACAACAACAACAAUAAUAUAACCAUAAAGAUAAUGGUGCAUAUCGACAAGGCCCUAAGGAGGAGGUUGGUGAAGGAAUACAAAAUUAAAACCAGAGAGAAGCUCAAAAUGAUCACGCACCGAGUUUUGACGGAGGCAAAGAAUUACUUUAAGCAUCCAAGUUUGAACCAGACUGUCAAUUUCGUGUUGCUAAACACAAGGUUCCUCAAAGACGUCAGAAAUAAGAUAAGUAAUGAAGACGCCAGGUUGUAUCUUAAGAACUACUGUGAUUGGCAGACUAAGAAGAAGGUUGCAGCUAAAAUGCUCUACUAUUCGGUUUUGUUGACCGGAAUGGAUUUGUUUCAUAUCAAAAAUGGAAAAGUUUUAAGGACCAGUACAGGUCGAAGCUACACCCGAGGUGCUUGCCAAGUUAAGAAAAGCUGCGCGCUAAUAGAAUGGGAUCCGAAGCUUGUUGGAUUUUUAAUUGCUCACGAAAUUGGUCACAGCCUAGGUAUGAGACACGACGGUCCACCCCAUAACCGAUGCAGAGAGGAAAACCACAUCAUGGCGACAAGAUAUGACCCCCUGCAUCACCCGAAGACCUGGUCAUCUUGCAGCUUAAAUACGCUGAAGCAGUUUUUGAACAUGAAUCACCUAUCAUGGUGUCUGAAGAACGAAAACGAGCGCGGGGUUACUUUCAAGUAUAUACAGUGAAUAAACUACCCAUCUGUGGUAUACCUACUAUAUGCAACGACGCCUAGUACCUAUAGGAUAGAAUAGAAAAAAAAACACAAAUUAUUCCAUCAAAGAAACAAUACAAGGGAAAACGAAUAUUCAGUGUACUAGGUUGCAAAGGUAGCCUUAUCACUAAAAGUAAAAGUAAUAUUAUAAAAGCAACCCGAGCCUGAAAGCCGAUUAAAACUGUACCUACCUGCGUACAAAUACCUGAUUUUUCGUAAACUAAACGCCUGAUUAUAACUGGGGUUAAUCUAUGUCAACGCGCAAUGCUUUACGAAAAGAGAUUCAUUGAGAAUCUCUCUUAGGACUAUACGCAAAAGAAAAAUCAUAGGAGAACCAAAGAGACUGAAGUAGAUCAUCGGAGCUCAAAGCAAGUGCAAACAAAGAAGAAGAAACGUCGCGUGGAAACUGAUGAGGGGUAUGACUACCAUACUCCCUAACGGAUUAGCCCGCUACCAUGUUAGACUGCAACAUCACUUACCAAGUGAGAUUGCAGACAAGGGCUAACUUGUAGUGAAAAACUAAUUGAAUUGGCAGAUGAUGCGUCGUGUCUAUAGAAGCAACUAUAAACGCUCGGGCAGAAGAGUUUUAGAUACGGUAAGCGCUAUGCGGGAGCUGUACGUACUUGGACAGAAAAGGAGGAUAAUUGUGU